AUGCGGCAGGACAGGCUGACGGGCUCGCUGCGGCGCGGCGGCCGAUGCCUGAAGCGGCAGAGCUCGGGCGGCGGCGGUGUGGGCACCAUCCUCAGCAACGUCCUCAAGAAGCGCAGCUGCAUCUCCCGGACAGCGCCGCGCCUGCUCUGCACCUUGGAGCCAGGGGUUGAUACAAAAUUGAAGUUCACUCUUGAACCAUCUUUAGGUCAAAAUGGUUUUCAGCAGUGGCAUGAUGCGCUCAAAGCAGUGGCCAGAUUGCCAACCGGCAUACCGAAAGAGUGGCGGAGAAAGGUUUGGCUGACCCUAGCUGAUCAGUACUUACACAGUAUAGCCAUUGACUGGGAUAAAACCAUGCGUUUCACAUUCAAUGAAAGAAGUAAUCCUGAUGAUGACUCUAUGGGCAUCCAGAUAGUAAAGGACCUUCACCGAACUGGUUGCAGUUCUUAUUGUGGCCAGGAGGCAGAGCAAGAUCGAGUCGUACUCAAACGUGUUCUGCUGGCUUACGCCAGGUGGAAUAAAUCUGUUGGCUAUUGUCAAGGAUUUAACAUACUAGCUGCACUCAUUCUGGAAGUAAUGGAGGGCAAUGAAGGGGAUGCCCUGAAAAUCAUGAUUUACCUGAUUGAUAAGGUGCUUCCUGAUAGCUAUUUUGUCAAUAAUCUCCGUGCUCUCUCUGUGGAUAUGGCUGUUUUCCGAGAUCUUUUACGAAUGAAGCUUCCUGAACUGUCCCAGCACUUAGACACCCUGCAAAGAGCUGCUAACAGAGAAAGUGGAGGAGGCUACGAACCCCCACUUACAAAUGUCUUCACAAUGCAGUGGUUUCUGACCCUCUUUGCCACUUGCCUGCCCAACCAUACAGUUCUGAAGAUCUGGGAUUCAGUAUUCUUUGAAGGUUCUGAAAUUAUACUGAGAGUAGCUUUGGCUAUCUGGGCAAAGUUAGGAGAGCAAAUAGAAUGUUGUGAAACUGCAGAUGAGUUUUACAGUACCAUGGGCAAGCUGACCCAGGAGAUGCUGGAAGACAGUCUGAUUGACAGCAACGAGCUCAUGCAGACUGUUUAUACCAUGGCUCAGUUUCCCUUCCCACAACUGGCAGAAUUGAGGGAGAAAUACACGUACAACAUUACUCCUUUCCCUGCAACAGUAAAAUCAACUUCGCUUUCAGGAAGGCUAGGUAGAACCAGAGACAGUGAUGAGGAGAAUGACCUAGAUGAUGAGGACUCAAUUGCCAAUGCAAUUGGCUGUCUUGGACCAUUAACUGGGUUUUUGGCACCAGAGCUCCAAAAAUACCAAAAACAGAUGAAAGAUCAGAAUGAAGAACAAAGUCUUGGUUCCAGUAACAUUGCAGAAUUAAGUCCAGGAGCAAUAGACUCUUGCCAAAGUGAAUAUCAUGCCGCUUUUAACAGCAUGAUGAUGGAGCGUAUGACCACCGAUAUUAAUGCACUGAAAAAGCAAUAUUCCAGGAUAAAGAAGAAACAGCAACAGCAAGUUCACCAUGUGUAUAUCAGAGCAGGAUGUGAAGAUGAUGACCCUGGGAUUUUUUUAAGUCCCAGGGACCAGCUGAACAAUGACAAAGGGCCAGUUACCAGCCUCCUCCCUUCUCAGGUAAACCAUUCCCCAGUGAUAAACCACCUCCUUUUAGGAAAGAAGAUGAAAUUGAAUAACAAGUCCCUCAAAAAUGCUGUUAUUCACAUCCCAAGUCACGGUCCCGGGAAGAUGUCUCCCAUUCCCCAAGAAGAUCUUAAAACAAAACUGAACUCUCCGUGGCGCACUCACAUACGAGUGCAUCGAAAGAAUAUUGCUAGGGGCAAAGGCCAGCUGGGCUAUGGAGAUACCAUAGGACUAAUAGAUGAGCAGAGCGAGAGCUGUAAAACAAAUAGUCCUGGUGCAAAGGAGGAGAAUUCCAAACAUUCUGACUUUGGAGAAGGAGAAGGAAGUGGUUUGGAUGACAGGACUACUCGAAAAGCUGACCGGCAGUCAUCUGAGCCAAUCUCUACGGACAGCAGUACAAACGUGUCAAUGGUUCAGCUAAAACUAGAAGCACUGGAACUUGCCUCAGAUAACAAAACUAAUGCUGAGUCAACAUCCCAUCAGUCCAGCCAGCCAUGUUUAUCAGAGUCCUCCCGUUCAUCCAGUGACUCUGGAAACUUGGCUAAACCUCCUCACUCUGGGAACCCAAAGCCACAAGUCUUCAAUCCUUUUCCCAGUGUCAAGCCUCUUCGAAAGUCAGCUACAGCCAGGAAUUUAGGGCUGUAUGGCCCCACUGAAAGAACACCAACUGUCCACUUCCCACAGAUGAGCAGAAGUUUCAGUAAGUCUGCCAGUGGCAACAGUGGAACCAGGAAACGAUGAUGUACUUACCUGGCACUUCCUAUUUCUGGCAGCAAUGAAGAAUUUGUAUUGCCUUUUUGUGUGUGUGUGUAUGUGUGUCCCAGAGAAUUUCUGAUCUUUAAUGAGGUAAUAGGGACAGAAGUGGUUACCAGAUGUAUAAAUAUGUGUCUUUAGAAAUUGUGUUCCCGCGUUGUCAUGGGAUAGAUUAGUGAAGAUGCACUCUGGCACCCUGUUGUUGAUUCUGAUGGUUCUGUGGUAAAAUAGACAUUGAUUUGCAGUGUGGAGGAAAUGACACAGUUUCUUAAAUCUAACUCAGACAUAAAAUCACCAGCUGCCUUUAACCCCUCAGCCCCCCAUGGUUGCCUCCUGUCUCUUUUAAAGCUUGAAGGACAAAUUUUCUGGUGCAGCAGACACUUAAUAACAGUUUUUAUGACUGUUAUAUAGCUUCCCCAUUAGACCUCAUCAUCAUGCUCUGUGAGUAGCUGGAGAAGCCAUAACUAACAGAAGCACAAGCAGCCCUAACAAUCAAAAGUAUCACCUUUUGUCCAACAUUAACACUUACUACUGGGCCAUCCAUCUUCAGACAUUCUUGAGCGACAUUUUGUGCUUCACUUCCCACAGCAGUCCUCUGCUGAUACUGCUUCUAAUAUAAUCAGUGAGCAUGAGAAUAGCAGAUAUAAGUCCACCAACACACUGCUUUGCUCCUUUUCUGUUACAUAUGUACAUACAUGCAUUUCUGUUACUGCUGUAGAGUUGCAGCACUGCAAAAUUGGAAAUCAGGUACAACUAUAUGUGUAGUUGUAUGAAUAUUAUGGCACAUCUUGUCUUCAGUGAUUAUCUAUAUUAUAGACUUGUGAUUAAAUAUUUUUUAUCUUAGCAGUAGAUAAAAUAUAUGAAUGUUCCAAAGUAGUUUAGGGUUUUAAAUUAUAUGAACAGAGUGAUUAGAUACUUAGGGUGCCGCUUACUGUUAAAACCCAACAUAUCAGCCACUAUGUAAAGUGGGAUGGACCCGUAGGACUGCCAUGGGUUUCCAUGGCUCAGGUCUUUUUUGGUGUAAAAGAGCAAUGGCAAAGUGAUAAGCUGAGUAUUUACCUCCAAAUUAAAAAGCAAAGAUGGUGAAUAACAUAAGAACAAGUAUAUAUUUUUUUCCUAUAUAUGCUACAAAUGGAGGCAGGGAGACUAAAUAUGGGUAAUUCAACUUCAAGGUUGCAAAAUCAAGCACUCGAACUCCAAGAAGUUUAGGUUGCUCUUAAGACAUACAGCUCUGAUGAAUUGUACGUGUUGACUGUACUUCUUUACAUUAUUGCUUCCAGGCUUCCCAUGACAUCAAAGUGCCAUUAUUUAAACUGGAGUAAAAAAAAAUAGUGAUAAAUCAGCCCCAUUGUAUGUAAUGUCUUACUUCCUCUUAAAAUUCUUUGUUAAAUUUGAAAAUUAAUAUAUCGUUGUCUAUUUAUUAAUGUAUACCAUAACCUAUAGGUUGUGAUACCAGUUUCACUGUAUACCAUAACUUAUAAGCUGUACAAUAUACCCUGUUUAUUGUGCUAGGGACAGUUUUAUUUUGUUGUUGUUUUCUACAAGUGUAUGCAUAUAAAAUAACACACAAGUAUGAACACUAUAAAACAGAUGUAGAUCAGCUCUUGCCCCUGCCUUAUUUCCAGGUUACAGUAAGUAUUGUCACUAAUGAUUAUUUAUAGUGCUAAGUAAAUUUGUAGGAUUUAGUCACUGAUCACUGGCUGUAUGAGAAUUGUUUCUGCCUUGAUUUAGAAGUGGACUUCUCAGACUUCUACUGUGAAUCAUUCUCCCCAGUUUUUCUUAGCUUCAGUGUAUCACGUGGCUGUAUGCUGAACCAAUAAUGAAAAUAAAAGGACUGUGAUUCUGCAAAACCC